CUUUUCUAAAUCCACCCAUAAAGUGACAUGAUGAAGUGGCUCCUAGUCCUGUCUGCCCUCGUGGCUUUCGCUGAAUGCUUCCACAAGAUUCCCCUGAUCAAGGGAAAGACUGCCAGGGAAGCCCUGCAGGAGAAAGGAAUAUGGGAGGAGUUCAGAAAGGAGCAUCCAUACAACCCCAUGGCCAAGUUCUACCAGAGUGGUACUGAGUCCAUGACCAACGAUGCUGACGUAAGUCCAGACCAGAGACCACCUUUAUAAAGUAGUUAGCCUCUU